AUGUUGUCUAACCUCAUCAACGGCAUAAUAGCUGUUGCCGGAGGCCACUCAACGACAGACGCGAACGAUGCCCCCGCCCUCUCGCCGACUCUCGACCUGCCUCCACUUUCCUUGUCUAGGGACUCACCACCCGCCUCAAGAUCUACCCCCACUGUCAUAGACCUCUCUUCGCCCACAAAGCCCCCAAGAAAAUCCCAGCGCGACGAGCAACGGUCUGGGAAAUCUCUCUCACGGUCAUCAAAACGUGCUAUAAGCGAGGACGAGAGGCGCCUGGUUGGUGAUUACGAAGUUCCAGCAGAUGCGGUUUCUAUCCCCGACCCGUCGACCUGGAUGCCGGAGUCGCGAAUCAUGCACAACAAGCCGGGUGCGAACAAGGGAUACAGGCCAGUCGAUACACUCAACGGCGUAGCUCGCGCAGUAAAUCGGAAGCCUACAACGUACGGGAAACAUGCUCGUCCCCGUGCCGUGUUGAUAGGCCAGUCGCCAGGUCCGGGUCAGACAGCCUACUCCGAAUUCCAACGAAGCAAGGCACCUAGCACACCAAGUCGACAUGGAUUGUCACGAGGCGAAGAGGACCAAUGGUCUGGUGGGCCUGCAUCCGCAAAGCGCAGGAAGACUGAGCAUGUUAUAGCCCUAGACGAUGAGGAAGACGAUGAAGCCAUGGUGGUAACACGCCCUGGAACGUCUACCCCUCGCAGGCUAUCUGAUGAAAGGCCUGUCUCGGCCAUGUCAUCGCAAUCACGCCUUAGUGUUGGGAGUGGGAGUACCGGAGCUGAAUUCAAGAUACAUCGAGCCACAAACGAGUUCCGAGAAGUCGAUGGUCUCAUUAAUCCUUCUGCAAAGAAGCCCAGACAAGCAAUUUGCAACAAGCGCCAAGCUCGCCGGAAUAACUCCCCUGUCCGCCGUGGCACCCUUUCUGAGGAAGCCCACCAGUUCAUUUUACGGGAUUUUAAGCAAGGCGAGCCUCCCCAUAAAUCUGUAGAGCGACCAGUCACUUCUGAACAUUUCCCUGAGGCUCGAAUCAACGAAUCGACUACAGAGCAGCCAAGUACCAGCCGCUCCGUCACUAGCAACAGCGCCAAUCUCCGUACUCAACAUCGGCCAGUGCCUAAGCAAUUGAAUCAAAUAGAAGAUAGCGACAGCGCCGAUGAGCUUGCCAUUUCACCCGUCGCUACCAGGAAGCAGGCACUGUCACCAUCAAAAGUAAAGAAGGCCGUGCAAAGUGGUGCCAAACGAAAUGGACAAAGUAAAAUCAGUAGUAGUUCUUGGCAAUUGUCAUUUGCAAGAUCAUAUGGCUUUGAGGGGGCCGGCUCCAAAAUGGAGGAUGGGCAUGCUACUCUGGUUCUUCGAAGCGACCCGAAAGGCUUGCGCGUCCAGAAGUACAACACAGAGGGCUAUGAGACAGUAAUCUUAAUCCAUUCUCAACAAGUCAAUAAGGUCCAUGCAGACGAGACAAGCCGUGUUCGUCUAGAGGGACCCAGAAAUGCAGAUGGCAAUAGUCCCAUAUUUGAUCUUGAGUUUCUCAACUCAAAUGACUUUUUAGCAUUCUGCAAUUCACACGCAGCGUCUCUGACAACGAGCGGCAAGAUUCUUUCGAAAGAAAAUGAACACAUGCGCCGACUGUUUACCACUCCUCUACGAGCAAGGAAUGAUAAAGUAGCGAUGUCUGAAGUCUCAGAUAACGCCGUAAAAGACUCCAAGAGUCAUAAUACACAUUCCGAGCAGGCGGAGAAGCCACUUGGGGUUCGAGAGCGGCGCCACGAAAGGGGUGUCGAGAACAGAUCCACCGUUAAUACUACGACAACAGCCACAGCAUUGACCCGUUCAUCACGCUCACGACCAUUGACGUCCACACAUCUUGCAAGGGAUAGUCCUGGUAUUGUUGAGGUGCCAAAAUACUCUAUCGACAAAGGACUAGGACGACCCUGGUCCAAGUCCCUCGAGUAUGGGGAAGGUCGUCAGCGUGCUAUAGUGCAUUUUGAUGACUUGCCUCGCCUGGACGAAGAGGAGUACUUGAACGACAGUCUGAUAAACUUUUACAUGAUCUAUCUCUUCAAAAAGCUUAAUGUUCCUGCUGAGAAGGUCUAUUUCUUCAAUACCUACUUCUUCACCAGACUCACAGAAAAUGCUGGCCGCAAGUCGAUGGACUACAAAGCUGUUGAGCGCUGGACGUCUAAGAUUGACAUCUUCACCUACGACUAUAUUGUUGUACCCAUCAAUGAAUCGCAGUCUCAUUGGUACUUGGCAAUUAUUUGCAAUGUCUCAAACAUCCGGCGCAAACCUGUGCUCGAAGAUUUUGAUGACCCACAUCUUCGUAUACAAGAAACACCCGAAUUACCUGCCAUAUCAGCUACAGCAAGCGGCGGGGAAGAGCACAGGAAGUUUCAAUCGGCGUCAAAUCCAAACUCACCCAUGAAAGUCGAAGAAGUGCACAGCCAACAAGAUGAAGAUCCCAACCUCUUCAAUGAGGCGACAAUAUCUCUAGUUGACCGCGAUGACCCUGGAUCAGGAGUUCGAUCCCGAACCGGGGUUGACGAAUCCAAUGCAGUCACUCUGGAAUCGGAAACUGAACAUAUGGAGACGCCGCAGACCGCUAGUGAUGUAGAAGUCACAUCCCGAGGGAAGCUGGUGCAAUCAAGUCUAUCGUUUGCCAAGAACAAGAACAAACGCAAGGUUGUCCCUAAAAGAGAUCCUACUCAACCAGUAGUUGUUGUUCUCGAUUCUCUUGGGGGAAUUGCCCGCAGUGGGGCAGUUCGCACCCUCAAAGACUGGAUAGCAGAAGAAGGCAAAAGCAAGCGAGGUAUGGAAGCAGUCAUCAAAGAGAACGGCUACUACCCAAAAGGCACCCAGAUCCCCAUGCAGAACAACUGGACUGAUUGUGGUGUUUAUCUACUUGGCUACGUCGAAAAGUUUUUCCAGAAUCCGGAUGAGUUCAUGCACAAGCUACUGACGGGAUCUAUGUCGGCCGAAAAAGACUGGCCAGAGCUCAACCCUUCAAUUAUGAGGCAUAAGAUGCGAGAAAUCAUAUUCGAAUGCCACAAGCAACAAGGGGAGGCAAGGGCGGCACAGAAAAAGGCAAAGAGGGAGUCGAUCCAGUCGAUCCAGAAAACCUCUUGUACAAAAUCGCCGGGUUCAAGGACGGAGGCCAAAAGUGAUAAGUAUGCUACCGAUGGAGAUGACCUACCGCAAACUGAACCGUCUGCUACUUUAUCUCUUCCGAGACUCGGUUCGCCGCUUGAACCUAACAAGGACAGCUCAGCCUCAGUCAAGCACUCGUCGCAGGGAGGUGCGGCUAAAGACCCAGACUCACCCUCAACAACCAAGUCUCCUGCCAAACCAGGGUUGGCUAACCAUUUCAACGUGUCACCGAGACGCCGUAGUCCGGAGAUCCGCAUAAACAGCAGGACUAUUCAGGCACAUAAGUCAGCCGACGACACGCAUAGCAGUCCCGACAGACUAACUAGCCAGACUGGACAUAUUGAUCAAAAGGACCAAGAAUCUCGCUCGUUCAGCCUUAGCAAGCGUCAAAGACAGGACAACCACGAUCAUCCGACGGGCUCGCCAAAUGCCAAAAGACCACAGAUGGAUCCAUCAUUGAGGAGAAAGAGGGAUGGAAAUUCUGGAACCAAGGCCCAGUCCCCACGUAGCCGUGAAGGUAGCGCACCGGAUGUUCCUAUUGAAAUUAAGGAUUCGCAAGAGGCGAAGGUUGCGGGCCCUGGGCUGCGUCAUCCUUUGCAGCCUCGUGCCGACACACGUCACAUGUCAUCAUUGCAACCACCGAGACCGAUACAGAUACUUCAGUCCUCACCUUCCUUUGAGGAAAUUCCCCGGCCACCACCGCGCAGCAAGAUUAUCGAGCCCGGGAGGAAGGGCGCAUCAACUGGUGGCCAGGUCGAUGACGACUACGAGAGAGACCAUGCUCGUCGAUCAAGAGCACCAGACCCAAGCCAGCCCAGCCAAAACUUGCAACGCAGCGAAGAGGAGACUGAGGACCCUGUGGAAGCAAUUUCACAAUCCACCGACCAAAUGCAGCUUGAUGGGACUCAAGAUAGUAGUAUAGUGCGAGAAACACCUGAACCAGCGAGGAGUCCCAUCACCACAUAA